AUGGAGCCAGCAGAGAUCAGAUUCUCUCUACAGAGACCUCUAGAGCACACAGAUCCAGACAUGGCUCCUACAACCACUGCAGCAAUGACCAACUCUCAGGAGCAUCUCACUCUGACCCACAAGUUCAGAAAACCUCUGGUGGAGAAGUUACGCAGAGAGCGAAUCAACAGCAGCAUUGAGCAGCUCAAGUCUCUCCUGGGUCCAGAGUUCCUCAAACAGCAGCCAGACUCCAAGCUGGAGAAAGCAGACAUCCUAAAGAUGACAGUUUGUGUCCCGAGACGACUGCAGCAGCAGAAUCAAGCUGUGGACUCAGCAGCUGUCAAUCAGGGCUACUCCAGGUGUGUCCAAGAGGUGACACACUUCCUGUCCAAAGAGCAGAUGAAGACACAGUCCCAGAGAAGACUGCUGAACCACUUCAACAAGCUGCAGUCUUCCUCUGAUAACAACUUGAGAGAGGCUGACUUCUCUCCUCUGAGCUCCACAGUCCAGACCAGCAUCACCACAGACAAGAGUCCAGUCAACAGCGCCGCCUGGAGGCCGUGGUAGACACCUACAGACUGGAGUUACUGCCAGACAAACUGAGACCACCAUAUUGGUCAAAGAUUACUGGAACUGAAUUCUAUGAAAUUCUUUGAAAAGUCAUUGAUUUGUUCUUCUGUUUGUACAGAAGGUUUCAUUUCAUGUGUUUUUCUUUUCUUUGUGCAAGAUGACAUUUCCUGAAGAAAUGACAGCAACAAUAUCUUUCAAUUUAAGAAAGAGAACAUAUUGUCAUGCAUUUUGCAUGAAACAAAUCUGAUUGCAUCUGCAAUUAUUAUUAUUAUUAUUAUACCUCACUGUACUUCAUGUAUUGGUAUAAAAUGCUAUGGUAACUGUUGUUAUCUUCUGAAUGUUAUUGAUCAUGUUGAUCAGAAACUUACUUUGACUGUCAUUUCUAUGGCAAUAUUGUCAUAAUUGACACUGUGAUUCCUCAAAACUGAUCUGUUCUUAGAUCCAGAUGUUUAUCCUUUGUUUCUAAAGGUUUGCUUAAUGUCACAAUUCUCCUGUGAUACUUGUAUGGCUUACUGCACAUCAUGAAGAUGUGCAUUAAGAUUUGUGUUACCUCUUGAUAGGUACUGAUGACUCUAAAUUCAUCAAAAGUCUUGAUUGUUCUUUUUGAGGACAUUAUGUCAUUGUGACCUUUGCCUCAUAUGUGGUUAUUCAAAAAUUAUCUAUUUUCAGAUCAAUAUGUUUCUCCUUUUACAGUAAAAGGUUUGAUUACUGUUGUAAUAUUUACAACUAGAAAUUAAUUUAGCAGAUAUUAUGAACAAUUUGAUCUGUUGUAAGAUUGUUAUUCUAUAUUUGUUCAUUUUGUGCAAAUUUCUAAUCCAUUUGGGAAGAAAUGUCAAAGUCCAGUGAGAACUGUGUUCUCAAAUAUUAUGAUACGUUUGUCUUUUAUAAAGACAGUUGUUCCUUUACUCUCUGUGAAUACAGUGUGUCUUGUAGAGAUCUACAAGUUGUUGUUGUGAUGUAUCAUCACCUCUAGCUGAAACUUUCAUACUUUGUGGCUCUUUGUGCCUCAUUGAAUAAACAAACAAUGCCACUUGAAAUGUUUGUG